GCGUGCCGGGGGCCUCCCGCCGCCACAGCCGCCGCGCCGCGCCGGGCAUCCGAGCGCCUCUCGGGUCGCGCUGAGGCUCCGCGGCGGCGGCCAUGGGGGCCCUGACGAGCCGGCAGCACGCGGGCGUGGAGGAGGUGGACAUCCCGGCCAACUCCGUCUACCGCUACCCGCCCAAGUCCGGAAGCUACUUCGCCAGCCACUUCAUAAUGGGCGGAGAGAAGUUCGACUCCACACAUCCUGAGGGCUACCUGUUUGGCGAGAACAGUGACCUGAACUUCCUGGGGAACCGACCCGUGGCGUUCCCUUACGCUGCACCGCCCCCCCAGGAGCCCGUGAAGACCCUGCGGAGCCUCAUCAACAUCCGGAAGGACACGCUAAGGCUCGUCAGAUGUGCCGAGGAGGUGAAGGCGCCCGGUGAGGAUGCAGGCAAGACCCGGGCCCACUACAGCGUGGAGUUCACCUUCGACACGGACGCACGCGUGGCCAUCACACUGUACUAUCAGGCCACAGAGGAGUUUCAGAAUGGCAUUGCCAGUUACAUCCCCAAAGACGGCAGCCUGCAGUCGGAGACCGUGUACUACAAGCGCGGUGCCUGCCAGCACUUCUGUCUGCCUUCGCACAGCGUGGACCCCUCCCAGUGGGCCGAAGAUGAGCUCGGCUUCGACCUGGACCGGGAGGUGUACCCGUUGGUGGUGCACGCUGUGGUGGACGAGGGCGACGAGUACUUUGGCCACUGCCACGUGCUGCUGGGCACCUUUGAAAAGCACACAGAUGGCACCUUCUGCGUGAAGCCGCUGAAACAGAAGCAAGUGGUAGAUGGGGUCAGCUACCUGCUUCAGGAGAUCUACGGCAUCGAGAACAAAUCCAACACUCUGGACUCCAAGGUGGCUGAGGAUGAGGUGAGCGACAACAGCGCCGAGUGUGUGGUGUGUCUGUCGGACGUGCGUGACACCCUCAUCCUGCCCUGCCGCCACCUGUGUCUGUGCAGCGCCUGUGCUGAUACCCUGCGCUACCAGGCCAACAACUGCCCCAUCUGCCGCCUGCCCUUCCGAGCACUGCUGCAGAUCCGCGCCAUGAGGAAGAAGCUUGGCCCCAUGUCCCCCACCAGCUUCAACCCCAUCAUCUCAUCUCAGACCUCUGACUCGGAGGAACACUCGUCCUCAGAGAACAUUCCUGCGGGCUAUGAAGUGGUGUCUCUCCUGGAAGCCCUUAAUGGGCCCCUCACCCCAUCCCCUGCUGUGCCCCCACUCCACGUGCUCGGAGACGGCCCCCUCUCAGGACCGCUGCCCUCCUACGGCAGUGACAGCCACCUGCCCCCCGGCCGGGCGCUGUCCCCACUUGACCGCCCCGGACUCCACAUCCAGCGCAGCCUGUCCAAGUCCAUGUCCCAGAACUCAGCAGUGCUCCCUGAGGAGGAGGAUGGUGAGGAUGAGCCAUCCUGCAGCGAGUCGGAGACGCACUUGUCCCCUCGGCCAGCAGCCCCACACAUGGAGGAGGACUGUGGUGCGACCCCAGAAAGUGAGAACCUCACCUUGUCCUCGUCGGGGGCCAUCGACCAGUCUUCCUGCAGUGGCACUCCACUUUCCUCCACCAUCUCUUCCCCAGAGGAGCCCGCGAGCAGUAGCCUGGCGCCUUCGGUCAUGUCCAUGGUGUCCUCACACAGCUGCCACUCUCAGCUCAGCACCAACACCGUCUCCUCCAUGUCUGGCUCCUACGUGGCUCCUGGCACUGAGGAUGAGGGGGAGGCGCUUCCUUCACCCAGGGCUGCCAGCAGGGCCCCCUCAGAAGAAGAAGGAGAGGAACUGCCCCGGGCAUCUCCAGACAGAAAUUUGGGGGGCCUGGAGGAGCAGGAUGCAGAGGGGAACGAGGUGCUGGAGGAAGAGGCCGGAUCGCUCACCCCGGAGGACGGCCAGACGACAUGCGCUUUUCUAGGCCUGGAGUGUGACAAUAACAAUGACUUUGACAGCGCCGGCGUGAAAGCACUGGACAAUGAGCUGUGCGCUGAGGUCUGCUUGCCUGGAGCCUGGCAGGCUGAUGACAACGCCCUCGGCCACCGGGGCCACCCACGGUCCUCAGGCAGCAGAGAGGACCCCGAGAACAGGCCAUGUGUGUGGGGCCCCUUGGCGGUGUGAGCCCUGCCCAGCACCCGUCCCCUCCCCCCUCCUGCUCCGGACACUGGCCUGGUCCCCACCUUGUCCCCCUGGUCCCCCUGACCCCCUCUGCAGAGACUGGAAGGUGUGCCAAGAUGUCGUCGCAUGGUGGGACUGAAUUUCCAGCAC